AAACAAGCUCUGAAUGAAUAAUAUCGGAAAGGGCAGCUGUUAAUAUCGUAUGUAUAUUUUGUAUGUAUAUACCCCCUCUUACUGUACUGCCACUUCUCUUUAUUAGUAUUUAUUUGUGCACCCCACGACUCCUAUCACUGUCCUCUCUGUCUCUCUCUCCGUUGCCGACAUUCUCAGAUUCCGGCCAGCCCUUGUUGGAAAAUUGAUCCCCUCAGCUUUUUUCAUCAAUCUGCUCUGACCCUUUCUAUAUUUUAGUGUUUCUUGGUUGCUUCAGUCGCCUUUUUGUGUUUUCGUCAUGGGUUUUGAUUUAGAUUAUCUGGGCUAGCUUUUUUGCUUGCAUUGUGUUAUAAAGUUGUGAUCUUUACAGGAAAAUUUUAGUUUUGAUAGUUUUUUGAGGAUAAUUUGAUUUAUUGUUGAUGAAGUUGUGAUCCUUACAAGAAAGUUUCAAUUUUGAUUGUUCUUGAGGAUGAUAUGAUUUAUUUUUGUUAAUAUUUUGGUGAAUUGUGUAAUCUUCGGAGGUAUUUUUUGUUUGAUUGAGAUUAAUUACAGUUUAUAAGCUAUGUGUGUAAAAGAUGAGAUUGAAAGGGUUGAGGAGGGGGGACAAAAGAAGAGGAGGAGGUGGGAAACAGUAAUGGGAUUAAAGGGUAGUAGAAAAAGGAUUGAGAGAUUGAGGAGUUCAGUGGCUUUGAAGUCUCGAAUGAAGUUGUGGAUGAUAAGAGCUACUACUUUGGUGUUACUGGGCACUUGUUUUGUUCAGUUAACAGCUGUGGGAGAGGUGUGGGGGCCUAGGGUUUUGAAGGGCUGGCCUUCUUCCUUUGCUCAAGAUUCUAGUAAGAUGGAUGUUAAGUUGUCGACAAGCCUUUCGGAUCAAGUUCUACCUCCCAAGAGAGUUUAUAAGAACAAUGGUUAUUUGAUGAUUUCAUGCAAUGGAGGGCUUAACCAAAUGCGUGCAGCGAUCUGUGAUAUGGUUGCUAUUGCAAGAUAUUUAAAUGUGACUCUUAUAGUUCCAGAGCUGGAUAAAACUUCUUUUUGGGCUGAUCCAAGUGAAUUUCAAGAUAUUUUUGAUGUUGAUCAUUUCAUCUCAUCCUUGAGAGACGAGGUUCGGAUCCUAAAAGAGCUGCCUCCUAGGCUCAAGAGGAGAGUUGAACUGGGAAUGUUCUACACGAUGUCGCCGAUCAGUUGGUCUGACAUUUCUUAUUAUCGUAAUCAGAUUCUUCCUUUGAUACAGAAACAUAAGGUUGUGCAUUUGAACAGAACAGACGCCCGUCUUGCCAACAAUGGUCAACCCCUCGAAAUUCAGAAGCUCCGCUGCCGAGUGAACUUUGGUGCUCUGAGAUUUACUUCUCAGAUAGAGGAGUUGGGAAGGAGGGUUAUUAAGCUUUUAAGGCAAAAGGGUCCUUUCCUUGUACUUCAUCUAAGAUAUGAGAUGGACAUGUUAGCCUUUUCUGGUUGUACACAGGGAUGCAACGAAGAAGAGGUUGAAGAGUUGACAAAAAUGAGAUAUGCUUACCCUUGGUGGAAAGAAAAAAUCAUAGAUUCCGACAUGAAAAGAAAAGAUGGUCUAUGUCCGUUAAGUCCUGAGGAAACUGCUCUUACUUUAAGAGCACUAGAUAUUGAUCGUGACAUUCAGAUCUACAUCGCUGCGGGAGAAAUAUAUGGUGGUGCGAGAAGAAUGGCUGAUCUUUCAGCUGCUUAUCCAAAAGUGGUUCGUAAAGAGACUCUGUUAGGUCCCUCAGACCUUGGAUAUUUUCAAAAUCACUCUUCCCAGAUGGCGGCACUGGAUUAUCUUGUCUCUCUGGAAAGUGAUAUAUUUGUUCCCACAUAUGAUGGAAAUAUGGCUAAAGUUGUUGAAGGUCAUCGCAGAUUCCUUGGAUUCAAGAAGACAAUACUCCUGGACAGAAGGAUACUAGUUGAUUUAAUAGACCGAUACAACCAUGGAUUGCUUAACUGGUCCGAGUUUUCUAUUGAGGUUAAAAGAGUUCAUGCAGAUCGCAUGGGAAAUCCUACCAAGAGGACGGUGAUUUCAGAUCGACCUAAAGAAGAAGAUUAUUUUUAUUCUAACCCAGAGGAAUGCCUUCUAUCAUCAGAUCCAUAUGGUGAACUGUCGAGAUUAUCAUCCUGAACCAUAGUUGCCAAUUUGACCCUCAAUGGGAAUUGAAAAGAUGUAGGAUCCUCUUUUUGACAUGUUAUAAUAAUUCAAUUUGAAGUAUAGAAGUUGCUCUGCCAUUGCAGAGUUGUAUCAACAAAGAGGUACAUAUAAAUUUUGAUUUUUGAAGAUAGCAAAUAGUCGUAGUACUACUGUUUCUUAUUUGUGGAUCCUUGUUAAUGUUAUACAGCAUAAUCAUUCUUAAUUAUAUGUACAUAAAGAGUUUAUAUUAAUAAAUCUGUAUGACUAGUGGCUACU